AUGGCUUAUGCGUUAGGUUUUUUCAGUAGACCGACGGUAUUCAGUGCUGUAGCGGGUGUCAGUGCCACCAUACUGAUCGUUCUAACUGUCAAGUCGGUUGAGUGUUGGUUUUGCGGGUAUCAUCUCGAAGUACCGAGGACACUGGCAAAUUCCUUCACAUGCCCAUCAUGUGAUCAAUAUAAUGGAUUCGACUCAGAUGGAGGUUACAAUAUUCGCAUCCCGGCGCAGUAUGACGCUAGUCUGAACUCUCGUUCUUACCAGAUUCAUAAACAAUUCAGCUCUCAAUCAAAUGUUUUUUGCGAUCGAUGCGCUGUAAAUCAGGCUAUCUUGAUAAAAAAGAUUGCAUCUUUCGAGCCGAAAAAUGAAAAACAAUGGCAGUCGGAACUUCGAAACUACACUCGUAAACUGGAAUGUAUUUACUCCCUUUGUCGGGAAUGUCAGGAGAAAGCAACUUCUCGUAUUCUUCAGGUAAUAUCCUUGUUUUCGUUCCGCACUUUGUAUGUGUUUGACCUAAAUUCGUUAAUAAUCCAUCAACAUUUGUUCAACUGUUUCAUGACGGGUCAUCUAUCAACAAUCUGGUUAUUGGGGCUUGAAUAUUUGCACAUUAUUUUUGAGCACUGA